AUGACUAUGCUUCGUCCCUUGACGGCCGCCUUUGGGCGUCAGUUGGCCAUGAGGCGAGCUCCUCAAUUGACGCUUCGUCCUGUUGCUGGUGUCGCUCCUCGCUUCUUUUCCGAUGUUGCCACUCCGGCUGCUCCCACGUCGAGUCAUCCCCACACUCCCUUGCCCAAUGCCACUGGAUCCAUUGUGUACACGGAGACGGAUGAAGCUCCUGCUUUGGCCACCUACAGUUUGUACCCCUACAUUGCCAAGUUUUCCGCCAUGGCUGGAAUUGACGUGGUCCCUGCCGACAUUUCCGUGGCCGGACGUGUGUUGGCUGCCUUUCCCGAAUGUCUCAAGGAAAAGCAACGCGUUGCCGACAACUUGGCAUACCUGGGCGAAUGGGCCAAAACACCCGACGCCAACAUUGUCAAACUCCCCAAUAUUAGUGCCCCACUCAAUCAAUUGGAGGAUUGCAUCAAGGAACUUCGUGGAAAGGGAUACGAUGUCCCUCUUUAUCCCAAGGAGCCAUCGACUCCGGAAGAAAUGGAAAUUCAAGCCAAGUACAAUGCCCUCAUGGGAUCGGCUGUCAAUCCCGUCUUGCGUGAGGGAAAUAGCGACCGUCGUGUGGCUCCUCCCGUCAAGAAAUAUGCCCAAAAGAAUCCUCAUCGAUUGGGAAUCUGGUCCAAGGCCAGUCGCACCCACGUGGCUCACAUGGACAAGGGCGAUUUUUAUGCCUCGGAGCAGUCUGCCAUUAUGAAGGAUGAUACCAGCGUUGUCAUUGAAUUGGAAACUGCCAGUGGCACCACGGUUUUGAAGGAAGACACACCUUUGGUCAAGGGAGAAGUCAUUGAUGCUUCCUUUAUGGAUGUCAAGGAACUCUGCGAAUUCUUUGAACAGGAAAUUUCCGAAGCUGCCGAGACGGAAACUCUCUUGAGUUUGCACUUGAAAGCCACCAUGAUGAAAGUGAGUGACCCUAUCAUGUUUGGACACUGCAUUCGCGUUUAUUACAAGGAUGCCUGGGCCAAGCAUGGAACGAAGCUCGAAGACAUUGGAGCCAAUCCCAAUGAGGGUUUGGCGGCUCUCUUUGACAAAGUCAAGGAUAAACUCCCCGAAGCCGAAGCCAAGAAGAUCAUUGAGGACUUUGAGGCUUGCUACGAAACUCGUCCUUGGUUGGCCAUGGUCAACAGCGACAAGGGAAUCACCAACUUGCAUGCUCCAAAUGACAUUAUCAUUGAUGCCAGUAUGCCAGUUGUAAUUCGCGACUCUGGAAAGAUGUGGAACAAAAUGAAUGAGUUGGAAGACACCAAGUGCCUGAUCCCUGACCGGUGCUAUGCCUCCACAUACCAGGAAGUCAUUUCCUUUGUCAAGACCAAGGGACAAUUCGAUGUGUCAACCAUGGGAAAUGUCGCCAAUGUUGGUUUGAUGGCCAAGAAGGCUGAAGAGUAUGGUUCCCAUGACAAGACUUUCGAGCUUCCCGAAUCUGGAACUGUCAAGGUCAAGGACAAGAACACCGGUGAGGUGUACUUGGAACACAAGGUCAGCAAGGGAGAUAUUUGGCGCAUGUGUCAGACCAAGGAUGAAGCCAUCAAGGAUUGGGUCAGGCUGGCUGUCAGCCGUGCACGUGCUACGGGAGCUCGUACUGUCUUCUGGUUGGACAAGAACCGUGCCCAUGACGCCACCUUGAUUGGAUUGGUCAAUGGGUACCUCAAGGACCACAACUUGGAUGGUUUGGAUAUUGCCAUCAUGAGACCAGUAGAUGCUGCCCGUGUCUCCAUGGAACGUGCGGUGGAUGGGAAGGACACCAUUUCUGUGACUGGAAAUGUCCUUCGUGACUACUUGACAGAUCUCUUCCCCAUUCUGGAAUUGGGAACAUCUGCCAAGAUGCUUUCCAUCGUUCCACUCCUCAAGGGAGGUGGUCUCUACGAGACCGGUGCUGGAGGAUCUGCCCCCAAGCACGUCCAGCAGUUUGUCGAGGAAGGUCACUUGCGUUGGGAUAGUUUGGGCGAAUACCUCGCCAUGGCAGUCGCUUUCUCUUCCCUCGGGGAACAAGGCAACGAACAAGCCAAGAUUCUGGGAGAAUCCCUAGAAGAAGCUGUGGGACGCAUUCUUACCAACCGCCGUAGUCCUUCCCGUACUGUGAACCAAAUCGACAACCGCGCCACCAACUACUACGUUGCUCUCUACUGGGCUGACAGCCUCCAGCAAAAGGAUCCCGCGUACAAAGCAAUCUUCGAGGCCUUGUCGGACAACCGAGCCCAAAUCGUUGAAGAAUUCAAGGAAUGCCAAGGCAACCCUGUCGAUCUCGGCGGAUACUACCUUUACGAUCCCAAGAAGGCAUUCGCGGCAAUGAAUCCUUCUCCAACACUGAACAAGAUUAUGGCUGACUUUGGGCCAUCUCUCUAA